GGACGGAAAGCUGUUGUUUCAUGAGGACACAUUUUGAACAGAAGAAUGGCGGGAAAAGACUACCAUCAUCUCUUCAAGUUGCUCAUCAUUGGUGACUCCAAUGUGGGGAAAAGCAGUUUGCUCCUACGAUUCGCAGACAACUCGUUCUCUGGCAGUUACAUAACUACUAUUGGAGUUGACUUCAAGAUCCGCACGGUAGAGAUUGAUGGAGAAAGAGUUAAACUCCAGAUCUGGGACACUGCAGGGCAGGAAAGGUUCAGAACCAUCACCUCGACGUAUUACAGAAACACUCAUGGUGUCAUCAUUGUUUACGAUGUCAGUCCGGAAUCAUUUGUCAACGUGAAAAGAUGGUUAAACGAGAUAUCACAGAACUGUGACAAUGUCUGCAAAAUUUUAGUUGGAAACAAGAAUGAUGAUCCUUCUAAAAAGCUUGUGGACACUCAAGAUGCUCAGCGCUUCGGAGAGUCGGUUGGUGUGAGGUUCUUUGAGACGAGUGCUAAAGAGAAUAUCAAUGUAGAAGAGGUGAGGUUUUUUUUUUAAAAUGCUGUGAUAUGU